GCGCCGCUCUUGGCUUGGCGGACGGUCCCCAUGAUGGCGGCGCCCUGGGCUUCGCGGAGCGGGCUUCAGCAGGAUGCUGCCUGACUUGUGGAAUAUCCCCACGGUUACUGGGCUUUGUUUCAGAAUCCCAGCAUCUGUGGUGGUUUGCUUUUGUCUGGGACAAGGUGGAUAAGAGGUUGGUUUGCGUAUUCUGCCCUUGGUUGAACCGAUGCCUGACCAGAUGGAAGUUGAUGGGCACCCGUUGGCACCAGUGAAUGAGAUCAGUAUCGUCUGUGAGGCAGCAGAAGCUGCAAGUUCCCGUGAUGGAAGCGACUCCUCAUCCGAUCCGGCAGUGGCACAAGGCGAGGAGGGUCAGGGAGUCGCCACAGUGGACAGUCAGAUGGAGGCCAACCCUUCGCGUGAAGACAACCAGGCUCCAGAAUCUGGGCCAGACGCUGCCCACGCCACCUGUUCCUCCCUGCCACAUGUUUCGGAGGGAACAGCUUCUGGGAGUGGUCAGAUCACUGGAGCACCAGUAGCUGCCACCGCUCAAAGACUGGAAGUGGCAAAAGAGAGCUGGGACCUCCUGGAAACAGCGCAGGUACUGAGUGAGAUCGCCGCGCCUCUCUUGCCAAAGAGCAGCCCGCUAGAAGCUGACAGGCAGGUGGAACCCUUCGCCGAGGUGUCUGACCCUCACGUCCUGGUCUUGUCGACAGUGCAGCAGGAGCACACGGAGCUUCAGGUGCCCGAGGAGGUGAUACUGGAGCUGCCCAACGGCAUCAAGAUGUACGGAAAGGACCUUGCGGGCAUCACCGAGCUCCUGCAUCCCACCCAGGUCCUGCUGCAGACCGGUCCUCGGAAGUUCACCUUGGCCACGGCUGACGCACUGCUCUCGGCAGGGUCUCUCGUCUUCGCCGUAUCCCAGGAAACGAGCCAGGAGGAGCCUCUGGUGAAGCAACCAGAUCCGGAAGUGGAAGGGAAGUUGUACAGGUGCUACCUCUGCAGUUUGACCUUCAAUCGUCGUGGCAACUAUGUCCGACAUAAGAAGAUCCACAUGGUCAACACUGAGGAUGACACCAGGUACAAGUGCCCCCAGUGUGACCGCCAGUUCAUUCAGCACUGUGACCUGCGGAGACAUGCGCACGUCCACACGGGAACGCAGCCCCACAAGUGUGACCUGUGCGGCAAGGCCUUCCUCAGGGCAAGUGACCUGGUGGUUCACAAGCGAUUUCACACCAAGGAUCGCCCUUUUCAGUGCAGCCAGUGCCAGAAAUCCUUCUUCCAGUCCGGUGACCUAAGGCGGCACAUGAGAAACAUCCACAUGACCAAUGCCCGGAUGUUGAGCUGUGGCCACUGUAAGAAGAAGUACACUAAGGAGGCAACGCUGCUCCAUCACAUCCAGACCGUGCACCAGGACAUCUUGUUACAGACCUUGAAGGAACAGGGGCAACACAGCAGUGAGAUUAUGGUGUCGGAGGCCGGAAGUGUAGCCGAGGAGGAGAGGUCAUUGAGCACCUACAGGCUGGAACACACAGGGACGGGCUCUAUAAUCCCAGCACCGCUGAUUGAUCCAGCUGCAUGUGAGGAGACUGCUUUGGAGAAGGCACAUGGCUCACAGUACAGUGAGCUCCAUCCUUCUGUCUCAGGUCAACACUUGGAAACUACAAUCCCAGACAGUACAAGAGAACAAACACAAGCUCUCCUUGGCUGCAGUGGCUCAGGCCCAAGCCUUGUGUUGAUAGAUAUGCAUCCUACAGCAACCACGCAGGAGAGACCACAUCACCCAGACUGUCCAACAGUGAAAUGAAGCAACCUGGCUGUUAUUUUCAUUUUGCCAGAACACGGUCCAUUUUCAAAAAAAAGGCUUAACAAGAUAUUCCAAAGAUGAGAUACUGUUUAAAUUUGCAGUUGUAGUAAAAGCACCUGGAAAGUAUGACCCAGGAAAGCUAGUCUUUAAAUUAUACCAAUGCUGCCACAGAAAUAUUUCCAGGGCUAGUGCGGCAUUGUCACAUAAUACAGCUACACCUGUAUAUUCCACUGGAGGAGGAGCCCAAGCUGAUGGAUGAUUUAAUUUAAAAUCUCUGCCUCUGAGUUUUCCUUACUCAGCACCAGUUUACUGUUGCUGAUGUUGUGCAUCCCUCCUGCUCUUUAAUGCUCAGGUCCUGGGGAAAGGUUUUACUUUGUAUUUUACUUGUAGUUUAGGAAGUGAGGCAGCUUUAAUGAGCAUGACUGUGCCACAGCCAGAUUUAUUUUCUAGUUUAGUGGUGGUGGUGGUGGUCAAAGGAAUAAAUAGGGGCUAGGCAAUUGGUGUGAAUGUUUUACCUUGCCUCAGGGUCAUGCUUGGAGGAAUCUUAAAGCCCAGGGAGUGAUCUUACUUUAACUUCAGCACAGCAUGGAGGUGCUUUUGUUUUAAAUUCAAGCUAUCAGUCCAGAUAUGUACACCAUUCCCUUGGAUGGAGGACUUGAACUGGUUCUGCCAUUUACUUAAUCUAAAAUAAUGCAGACCAGAACUAUCAGAAUAUGGGUUGUGCACCUGAAGAUAAAUGUUAAACAGGGGAUGUGUCUGGCUCUCCAUCCACCUCCUACUGGGAAUGACAGUAUAAAACUUUGAGAGAUUAGUAGUACAUGGAUAGCUCACUGCUACUAGUUACACAAGUGACAAAUAAAACAUCUGUUCUCCCUGGUGCCGCUGUGUACAUAGCCCACAGCUGGUAAGAGCAGGAAGAUGUCACUAUAGCACAGACUCAAGCAUUUAGAUUCGACAGGGUGAAAAUACUAAUGCAGAGGUGAAGAAUGGUGCAGUCACUGACAUUAUGUAGCACAACAGUAGGAGACAAAGCUAUGCUGAAACAUGUUCAAGAAAUCUCAUUCUUUCUAUAAAAUGGGUUCACUGCUGAAGACUCUUCCCAGUGUGACACCUGAUGAUGUUGGAGUGUAGGCAAUGUUUCUCACCAACACCUAAGAGAGGGGAGGGGAGUAAGCUCCCAGGAAUCUCUUGCAUCCUAAGGGACAGAUAGGGUCUUGUUUCAACAUCUUAGCCAAAUAGCCAGCUGUCAAACAACAAGGAUGGAAGACCUGAAGACAGAAGCUUGCAAAGUCUGUGAAGAUUGUUGUCACAGUACUUUCUCCCUGUCUCUCGAUUUAGUCAUCCAAAUCCUCCCAUGUUCCAGUGGGAUUGUUUAUUUAGCUAACAUAUUGGUUAUAGUACUUUGGCAAUUGGUGUGACUACCAGUGACUGAUCUACAACCUGCGCUCCAAUUUGCUGCCCCCAGGUUACUCAACCAAUGUUUCAAACCCUUGACCUCUACCACCAGGGGGAACAAGCCCACAGGUUCCGCCUCAGUCCUUGUUAGUCUCUAAAUCCUGGAACACGCAGCUGAAAGUAGGAAUUUCACCAGAAGGGCUCCAGGGUAAGCACAGAUGUGGGCAAGUAAUACUGACAGCACUGGCUGUGCUCAUGACUACAUGUGAACAAGAGCUACCCUGCCCACUUGCAAUGAUUUACUGUGUUUAGAUGUCAAAUGCCACAUGCAGGCUUGGUUGUGCUUUCACCAGCCUUAUAUACUCUCACCAGCAGGAGUCCCCAUCUUACACUCAGGACCAAGCAACUUGGAUCAUCCAGAUACCAACCCCAACCACUGAACAUUUCCGUCAAGUGUAAGACACACCAUGCGAGAUUUGCAAUUGUUAUGAUUCAGGCUUUAGGAUAAGCAUUAAAAAAAACACACUUGCAAAUCACUGUAACCAUUUUAUAAAUGUACAUAUUAUAAAGAGCUUGUACAGAUAUAGAAUUACUUUGAUUAGGAGGAAAAAUAAACUUGUAUUCUGAAAACAAUUCUGCUCCAAGAAGCUAAAUAUACACAAACGUCAUCCAAUAUUUUACACACAUCACAUAAUCAGACUCACAGAAGACCGAAAUGCAGAAUUCUGUAUUGUGUAAACAGCACAAGUCACUGGGAGAUGCUCCACCAGUCUUUAACAGAAUUAAAUGCAAUUUUUAUAACAGUUGCCAUAUUUUGUUUGGGGUGGUGUACAAUGGCAUUUCACUGCUCCAGGAUUCAGCAUUGAACUUUUAGACUGCCCAAGCCUCUCCCUCUGUCUCUGAGGAAUCUUGAGUUGUAGGAUCUCAUUUAGAUUAAAUAGAAAGAGUUUUUGCUUCUGUUCCCUUCACCUAAAAAGGCAGAUGUGCUCAGUUGAGUCAUAACUGGAUACCCUUUACCAUGUCAGAUUUGGGGGUGUGGGGGGGGGGGUGUGGGGGGAGAUAUAUAAUUAAUGUCUGGCAGUGAAGCAACGUUCUCUCAAACUAUGACCAAGUCUGCAAGAUAACCUCUGGUUAAGUGCAUUAAUUCAGGAGCUGGUCCCAGCAGUUGUUGGACAGCUGCUAGAAUAUUUGCUUUGAUAUACUAUAAUCACUGUGUGUUCAAUCUGCAGAUAUACGAGGAAGUGGGCAAAAUGUUGGGAAUAGAGGGGUUAAAAUCAACCUGGUGUCAUUUCUCAGAAUGCACUAGACCAUUCCUCACACCCAUGUUAGUAGUGGGUAGCAUGUGACCUGGAAGUGACCCAAUACACAUUUUUAAUCAACACAAAAUAUUAAGUAUAAUGCACAAAUAUAUACAUUAAAUUUAUGACAGAAAGGGGAGAGAAACUGGUGUGGCCCGAGACACAGUUUUGGGGCUACUGUUUCCAAUUUAUUGUAAUCAUUUAGAUUUCUGCACAUUUUGAAUUUGCUUUGAUGACAGAACUAAUGUUUCACCUUCAAUCUAAUCCCCACAGACACUUCGACCUGCUGAAGUGGUCAACUUCUGUUUGUUUCAAAUUUGCAGUGCCUGCAGAAUUUUUGUUUUAAUUAAGACAGAGACACAAGAGACUGCAGACACUGGAAUCUGGAGCAACAUACAAUCUGCUGGAGGAUCUCAGCAGGUUGAGCAGCAUCUGUGGGGAGGGAGAGAAAGGAAUUGCUGACAUCUUGGGUUGAAAUCCUGCAUCAGGACUGAGUGCGGAGGGGGAAGAUAGCCGGCGUAAAAAGAGAAGGGGGAGGGGUGAGAGAUGCCAGUAGGUGGUUGGUGGAUCAAGAAGGGGGUGAAGGAUGAUGGACAGAAGGAGCCAGGUAGAAGAGGGAUAGAGGUGGUGUUGGCAAACAGAGGCAGGUGGGUGAUAAAUGGAGGCAGGUUUAAAAAAAAUGGCACCAGGUUGGGGGGGGGGGGGAAGGUUAGGGUGGAGACAGAGGCUGGAGGGUGAUGAGCUGGAACACGAGGGUGCCACUGCUGGAAUCUGAUCAAUAAGGAAUGUGAUAAUGGGAAUCAUUAGGGGAGAGCUGAGGGGCAAAUGGAUCUAGAUUGGGGGGGGGGGGGGGGGGGGGGA